UAUCUUCAUCAUUUGCCUUUAUAUCCUUGAAGAGACACAAGGCAAGGCACUUUUCAUUUCAAAAACCUCUUCUCUCUUCCUCUUCCUCUUCUCUCUUCUGUCUAUCUCUCUGUGCGCAAAGGAGAAAUCCCUAAUCCCCACCCGAUUGAUUGAUUGAUUGAUUUUGCUCUUUCCUUGCGGAAAUCCGAUUCAUCUUUCUCACCGAUUUUCCUUUCCUCUCUUCGCCUACUCUGCCCCCUCAAAAUCGUCGGAUAGAUGCUUUUUCCUUGUUAUUCUCCUCCCGGUUCGUUGACGACUCGACAUUUCCGGUUUUAGGGUUUUUCGUACUCCCCAAUUGCUGGGUUUGAAUUUGACCGGCCUCUGUUUGGGGCUUGUUUAGGGUUUUCGAUAUCGUUUCUAGGGUUUAUAUUUCUUCGGAAAUUUGUUCUUGAAGAUUACGUUUUGGAUUUGGAAAGUCGGUGCCUGGAGUUUGUUUGAGGAAGACGUGCCCACUUUCGGUUGAUAUUCAAUUUGCAUGAUCUUGUCAAUUUGGUGGGAGCGUGUGUGGGUUUUCUGUAUAUCGGUCUGAAGUGAAGUUGAAGUUUCCGUUCUGGGCAGUUUGAAGAUUAUCUGGCAAAUAAAGUCGUAAGGGUUUCUGGGUGGGUGUUUGUGUUUUGGGGUUGCAAAUAGUGUGGUUGUUUGAGAGCAAUUGGCCUGAAUGGGCGAGCAUGAGGGCUGGGCACAGCCAACUGGCCUAGUGCCGAAUGGCCUUUUGCCCAAUGCAGGUCCGCUGAUCCGAGUCCUCGACUUGGACCGAUGGUUGAAGGCUGAGGGGAGAACUACAGAGCUUAUUUCCUGCAUUCAGCCCAACCGGCCGUCCGAAGAACGCCGAAAUGCUGUUGCUGAUUAUGUGAAGCGCCUCAUUAUGAGGUGCUUUCCCUGCGAGGUUUUCACUUUUGGGUCUGUGCCCCUCAAGACCUACUUGCCUGAUGGAGACAUUGACCUAUCAGCAUUUAGUAACAGUCAAAACUUGAAAGACACAUGGGCUAAUCAGGUACGCGAUAUGUUGGAACAAGAGGAGAAGAAUGAAAAUGCUGAGUUUCAUGUAAAGGAAGUUCAGUACAUUCAAGCAGAGGUGAAGAUAAUAAAGUGUCUUGUGGAGAAUAUUGUGGUAGACAUAUCUUUUAACCAGCUUGGUGGCCUAUGCACACUUUGUUUCCUGGAGGAGGUUGAUCAUUUGAUAAAUCAGAAUCACUUAUUCAAGCGCAGCAUUAUAUUGAUCAAGGCUUGGUGUUACUACGAGAGUCGUAUAUUGGGUGCUCACCAUGGACUUAUUUCAACUUAUGCCUUGGAGACUUUAGUUCUUUACAUAUUUCAUGUUUUUAAUAAUUCCUUUACUGGACCACUUGAGGUCCUUUACCGUUUUCUGGAGUUCUUUAGUAACUUUGAUUGGGACAGUUUUUGUGUUAGCCUGUGGGGGCCUGUACCCAUUAGUUCACUUCCUGAUGUAACAGCGGAACCUCCUAGAAAGGACAGUGGGGAUUUACUACUUAGCAAAUUGUUUCUCGAAGGUUGUAGCUCUGUGUAUGCUGUUUCCCCUGGUGGCCAAGAAAAUCAGGGACAACCGUUUAUUUCAAAACAUUUCAAUGUUAUUGAUCCUUUGCGUGUAAACAACAACCUCGGUCGUAGUGUCAGUAAAGGUAACUUUUUCAGAAUACGCAGUGCUUUUGCAUUUGGAGCUAAAAGGCUUGCAAGGUUACUUGAUUGUCCGGAAGAGAAUCUAGUUGAUGAAGUAAACCAGUUCUUUUUGAAUACAUGGGAAAGACAUGGCAGCGGAAAUCGUCCUGAUGCACCAAUAAGUGAUUUGUGGCACUUGAGAUUGUCAACUCCAGAGCAGUUACAGGACAAUGAGAGUGUGAAGAAUAAUGCUAGUGUCAAAAAGUUAAACAAGAAUUCUGCUGGUGGUGACAUUGCAUUUGAUCGAACUCGUUCACGUAAUGUUUCUGUUCGUGGUAAUUAUUCCCCAGAGAGUUUGUCCAGAUCUAGUGAAGCUUCUCGUAGUCAAAGCCAAAAGAGUAGCAACCUAAACAGCCCUAGGGUUUCAGAUCAGGUUGUACGGGAAAUGGCUAAUUAUGGUGUGCCUAUUGAUAAAGGCCAGAUAAGCAUCAGAGCUGAUCAUUCAGUGAAUGACAUACAGGGCAAAUUUAUUUUUGCUAGGACACGCUCUAGUCCUGAGCUUUCUGACUCAUACAGUGAUGCUUCAUCUCGAGGAAGACGCAAUAAAGCACCAGAAAGUGUAAAAACUCAGGCUACACCUGCAAGACAGGAUAAUAACAGGAGGAAGAAUGCUGGAACUGAUAUAUUGGCCAACAAUAGUGCUCGAUCUUCAACUGAUGACCUUUCCUCAGUCAGGCAUAUUCCUUCCCAUCAAAGUCUUGAUGCUGCUGUUGACUCAAAUAGUAGUUCAAAUAGUUAUCAUCGUGAUUCAGGAUCAGGUGCCAUGGGUGAAGAUUUUUCUUCUGUCAGUGGGACCCAGGGAAUGCAUCAGGAAGAGCAGGAUCUUAUUAACAUGAUGGCAUCUUCCUCUGUUCAGGGUCUUAAUGGACAGUUACAUGUGCCAUUGAAUUUAACUUCAGGUCACCUACCUCUUCCAAUCUCACCUUCCAUUCUAGCUUCAAUGGGAUAUCAGAGAAAUUUGGCUGGAAUGCUUCCAACAAAUAUUUCCUUGAUUAAUCCUUCGCAAUUUCCUCAAGGUUUGGUUUCUCCUCCGCUGGCACAUUACUUCCCUGGCAUUGGAUUGACCCCAAAUACUGAAGAUAUGAUUGAACCAGGCAGUGCAAUUUUUGGUUCUGCGCAGAUGAACCCUGAAGAGGCUGAUCAUGAUUUUUGGCAAGAGCAGGAUGUUGGCUCCAGUGGAGGCUUUGAGCCUGACACUGGAAGUUAUGAAAGGCUUCAAUCAGACAGUAAGCCCCAAUCAGGUUCAGUAGGACUGAACUUCAUUCCUUUGUCUCAUUCAAGUGGUUCUGGCAGCUUGAUGAGAGUUGAACAGAUGUUUGCCAAAGAAAACAGAGGGUCUAUGAGGGAAGAUCAGGUAGAUAGUUUCACUUAUCAAGAUAACAGACAUGACAUUUACCCUGAUGACAGAACUAUCAGUUCAAGGUUCUCACCAAUUGCACGCAGCAAUUCUCUGAGAAGUAAAGCCUCUUCAGAGAGUUCUUGGGAUGGAUCAACAAAGGUCUCAAAAUCAACAAGGGAAAAAGGGGGAAAGAAAGCAGGUCUUGGAGAGCUGUCUUCCAUGUAUGGGAAAGGUAAAAAUGUGCCUGAACAUGCCCCUCAGCCUGAGGAUGAUGACAGAGAUUGGAAUCCACUGCCCACUAUGAGCACUGAAAUUACAGAAAGAAGCUCGGGUCUUCAGCCUGUUGGUUCUUUACAUAGUCCUAUGCCGCAAAUACAAGGUUAUGAACUAUCUCAGACAAGUGGGUCAGAUUCAAUAAUGCCCAUGGCCCCUAUGCUACUAGGUCCAGGUUCUCGGCAAAGAGUAAUGGAUAAUUCUGGGGUUGUGCCCUUUGCAUUUUAUCCAACUGGACCCCCUGUCCCAUUCCUUACAAUGCUUCCUGUCUAUAAUAUUCCACCUGAGACUGGGACUUCUGAUGUGUCCACAAGCCAUUUUGGUGGGGAAGAGGGUCCGGAUAGCAGUGAUUCUGGUCAAAAUUUUGAUUCAGCUGAGGGGCUCGAUCAGUCCGAGGAACUAAAUACUACCAACUCUUCAGGGAUUGCUGCUUUUGUUGAGACAUCAAGUGACCAUAAGUCCGACAUUCUUAAUAGUGACUUUGCCAGCCAUUGGCAAAAUUUGCAAUAUGGGCGGUUUUGCCAAAACCCACGCUACCAUGGGGGGCCACUGAUUUAUCCUCCUGUUGUUGUGCCGCCUGUAUAUCUUCAAGGUCGUUUUCCUUGGGAUGGUCCUGGAAGACCCCUGUCAACCAAUAUGAAUAUGAAUGUCUUCACUCAGCUUAUGGGUUAUGGUCCUCAGCUGAUUCCUGUUACUCCAAUCCAGUCUGCUUCUAAUAGACCUCCCAAUGUCUAUCAGCGUUAUGUUGACGAGAUGCCUAGAUAUCGUAGUGGGACUGGAACUUAUCUGCCUAAUCCAAAGGUUUCUGCUAGGGACCGACAUUCUUCAGGUUCCAGAAGGGGGAAUUACAAUUAUGAUAGAAGUGACAACCAAGGUGAUAGGGAGGGUAACUGGAAUGUCAAUUCAAAAUCAAGGACUCCUGGACGCAGCCAUAGUCGCAGCCAAAAUGAGAAGUCUAACUCAAGGCUGGACAGGUUGGCCGGCAGUGAGAGCCGAGCAGACAGGUCACGGAGCUCAUACAGAAAUGAUUCCAUUCCUUCUUACCAGUCUCAAAAUGGUCCACUGCGUUCUAAUUCCAGCCACAGUGGCCCUCCCAGUAUGACAUAUGACAUGUAUACCUUUCCAACCAUGAACCCUAAUGGAGUAUCAUCAAAUGGACCAACUGUGCCUUCUGUUGUUAUGCUAUAUCCGUUUGACCAUAAUGGGAAUUAUGGCUCACAUGCUGAACAGCUAGAGUUUGGAUCUCUUGGGCCCGUGGGUUUCUCAACCAUGAAUGAACAACCACAGCUAACUGAAGGAACUCGGCCAAGGGGUGCAUUUGAGGAACAGAGAUUUCAUGGGGGUUCUGUGCAACGGUCUUCACCAGAUCAACCAUCAUCUCCCCGCUUUCAAAGGAGGGUUUGAUUAUUUUGCCAGAUCGGUGGCCCAAAGGAAUUAUCAGUUGAAAGAUGAGGAUUUCCCACCCCUUGCUUUUCAGAACCAGGUAGAAAAUGAGAUUUUGGGGAAUCUAUAACAAGAAAACCUCUCAUGACCAGGCCUUAAUGUUACCCUUUCACUCUUAAAAAGAAAACACCUGGACAGUGUCUUGAUGAUUGCUUAAAACUUUUCUAAUGAAAUGCUCAACAUAAUACCGGGUUAAUGCUUGUAUGUAAACUACCAAGACAGCUCCUAAACCACCAGACCUUUUCAAGGGCAUAAAAGUGUGGCGGGAAGGGGAAGCAGGACAACCUAAAUUCUUCUUUUCCUUUGUAGGGUUUGAACAGUUGUAAUUCCUCUGAAGAUCUCUUCCGAGGUUUAGAGCUUAGGGUUUUUUACAUUGUUAUAAAGCUAUUAUUGCAGGAUUUUCCUCUAUAAGUUCUCUUAGGUUUCAUAAACACCAACAAAUAUGUAUUAGGUAUAUUUAGAUUUCUCAGGAACUAACAGUGUACUGAUAUGAUGGUAAAGAUGAAAUUUAGAUGAUAAAGAAUCCCAUUUUGAAACUAA